GAGUCAAAGAGGAACAAGACGCGGCGUGGCGGAACUAGUGUGAGCAGUAACGCAGUUGUAUGGUUUAUCUUUUUUUUAAUACUUUAUAAUCUGAAAAUGGAAACAGAAGAGGAUACGACAGAAAUAAAAACUGAACCGACUGUCGAACACCAGGGUGUCGAUUUCCUGCAACAGACAGUGGGAGCCCUUGUUUCGGACUAUGGCUGGUACAUUCUGUUCGGCGCUCUUGCAGUUUACUUGGUUAUCCAGCAGCUGAGCAAACAAAGAGGAGGACAGGAGAGUAGUGGCCCUAGGGACGUUCCAGAUCCUGCUACAGUUGUGAGGCGUCAAGAAGCGUUAGAGGCGGCUCGCCGGCGAAUGCAGGAGGAAUUAGAUGCUAAAGCUGAACAAUACAAGGAAAAACAAAAGCAACUUGAAGAGGAAAAGAGAAGGCAGAAGAUAGAGAUGUGGGAAAGCAUGCAGGAGGGAAAGAGUUACAAAGGGAAUACAAAACUAAGUCAGCAGCAAAGCACUGAUGAGUCCAGCUCCACAUCUGUCUUAAAACCCAAGUCUGGAAAGAAACCGCUGCGCAGUGGUUUUAAUCCCCUGUCUGGAGAGGGUGGAGGAGCUUGUUCAUAUAGACCCGGUCGUAGAGGUCCCUCUAGUGGCGGAUGAGGGUAAAUCACGUCAGUGUUUCACUGCUGCAGUGAGCCCUGAGGUAUUGCUUCAAGAGCACACACAGACAUACUGUGACUAAUGCUGGCAGAUCUCAGAAAAUCAAGACUAAUUAAGGUUGUUAGAUUGUUAAACAGUUCAACUUUGGAAGUUUUUUUUUUUUAAUAUUUGGGAUGUUUGUAUUUGUAUUUGACAUGUUUGUUGACAAUACCUAAAUGGUUUCAAAUGUUGUUUAUUAACACUCCUAGUCAAAUAUUACAACUGAUCAAAAAUCAAAUGACACUGUAGACCGCCGAAGCUCAUAGGGGCAGACAGCUUCCACUGUUACAAAGUCUUUUGAGGGUUGUGACCUGCCAGCUGCACUGAACUGAGUUCAUGGCAGGUCUCUUGACUCUCAUAUGUUUAUUUGAUCGAUUAAUUCGAUGAGCUGCUGAUUUCCUGAGAUUGCCCGCUUCCAAUGAUGUCUUCCUUGUAAAUGGCAAACCAGUCAAUGGGGAGGACUGAUAUAGUUCACAAGGUCUGGUGUGUUUCUUGUUUUUUUCCAUAAUGAUGCACCCUGUAAUAUCUAGUGGGUGGUCACUUUGCCUUGCGUGGAUCCAUGCUUUCCACAUCUUCUAAUCUAUGUAGUGUGAAGUCUUGGCCUAGGUUGCCAUAAUGUUAUCCAAAUGCAAUCAAACGCAAUGUGAUCAACACAUUUACAGAAAUGUUUCUCAUUUUAACUGGCAUAUAUAUAUACAAUUUGAAAGUGUGAACAUGUAUUUGUCAGUCGAAGCCAAUACUAUCACAGUGCUGGCCUAUACGCCAUGCUUCCAUUGUAGAUUUACCAGUCAAGGCUGAACUGCUGUUAGGUAAGAAGUCCACUCGUCUCUAUUAGAAUGUCUCCAGGAUUAAGAGACUUUAUCAUAUUGGAAUUUCAAAGAAUGUCUUUGGUAUGGAACGCCAUUCACAUAUGAAUUUAAUGAUCCUGUUUAUACCAACGUAAUUCAUGUGGAGUUAGAAAAUAUGGUUCAUUUUUAUUAUAGAAAACCUUUACCAUUUUCAAUCCAAAUGCAUUUUUUUCAUUAACUGAAGCUUUAAAACAGUAAAUAAACAAUUCUAGUGCCAUUUUAGUGCUGACUGUUGCAUUAUGUGAAUGCCAUUUGUACUAACUCUUUAUUAAUAAAAAGUGCAGUGGUUCUA